AGUCCGGCUGGUCCAACGACAUGGACGUCAUCGAGUGGGCUGAGCUCAAGGGUCUGGAAAAGAUCGGCUCAGGUGCGUUUGGCACCGUCUACAAGGCCGAGCGGCACCACAAAGAGUGCUGCAUCAAGGUCUUUGACGCACGCUCUCGCCGUCGGCGCUGCAGUCGUUUGUUGAGGAGGCCCACGUGCUUGCCCAGCUCAAGCACCCCAACUGCGUCCUGUUCAUGGGCGUUUGCCUCGAUCCGGACCACACUGGAGUGGUCACCGAGUACAUGGACGGCGGCGACUUGCGGCAGCUCCUCCGCGCAUGGCGGGCAGCACACUCGGAAGAUGGCCUCGCGUACCCGUACCCAGCCCCGAGCUCACCGCUCGCACCGCUCGCCUUUGCGUCGCGCAAGACCCGGGUCCGUAUCUUGCUGGAGGCCGGCAUCGGCCUGCAGUACCUGCACUCGCUUGGUUUUCCGCACCGCGACAUCAAGCCGUCCAACAUCCUCCUGGAAGGCCGCAUGUUUCCUGUCAAGCUCGCUGACUUUGGCAUGUCAGGACCCAAGGCGGCGCUCUCCGGCGGCGGCGGCACGCCGAGGUACUCGGCGCCCGAGGUUCUCCUCGGCGCUCAAGCUGACGCUGCAUCGGACGUCUUUUCUUUUGGAGUGGUUGUUUACGAGGUCCUCACUACCACCAAGCCGUGCCUCCGUGGCCGCAACGCCUUUGCCUCGCCUGUCGCCGAGCCUGCUCAUCUGGAGACGCCUUCGCUCAUUCCGGCUCACACUGCCGCCCUGCUCUCGGCCAUGCUUGCGCCCGAGCCGGCGGAUCGCCCGUCCAUGGCUACAGUGUGCGAGGCUCUCGUUGCUCUGCACGACUCGCUGUGGGCCGCACCGGCGCCUAUCCUCCUCGUGCCCGACGACAUCGUCCUCCGCAUCUUUGGUUUUGUUCCGCUCCGCCAGCGCGCCUCGCUCCGUGCGGUCUGCCGUGCCUGGCGGGCCAUCACCGAGAGCCACGCGCUCUGGGCGCCCGAUCUCGACGAAGCGCUGGUUGUUGACUCGGAUGAGCGAAUUCAGCUCCUGCUCCGCGCGCCGUAUCUUGGCGUGGCGCACUGGCUCUUUGGUCUCACCUCGCUCAAGGUCGGGCGCCAUGUCUCGGACACUGGGCUGCACAUCCUGGCCUCGUUCUGUGUUCAGCUUGUCGAGCUUGACCUCUCGCCGGCGCUGCUCGUCUCGGACCUUGGCGUCCGCGACAUUGUAUCAUCGCUCACCGACCUCACUGAUCUCGACUUGUCAGAGUGCAAGCAUCUCUCGGACCGUGCGCUGCAGUACGUCGGCGAGUCGUGCGCCUCGCUGACCAAGCUCAAUCUCGACUCGUGCGUCGCCAUGACCUCGGCAGGCAUCAAGCACCUCGCCAUCGGCUGUCCCGACUUGCGCAUUGUAUGCCUCGCGGGCAUUGCCACUAUGGGUGACCCUGCUCUGCUCUUCCUUGCCUCGUGUGUUGGCCUCUCCGAAAUCGACGUCUCGGGCUGCGCUGCCGUCACCGACGUAGGCCUCUCUGCGCUUGCCGCCUCAUGCGUCCUCACUACCGUCAUCGCCACCGCCUGCCCCAAUCUCACCUCGCGCGGCGUCCGCGAGGUCCUCGAAUACUCGGCUAAUCUCCGAGUCGCUAUCUUUAACGACUGCCCGGACGUCGGCUCGGAUGCCUUUGCCGACUAUGUUCCGCCGCGGCUGCGCCAUCUCUCUCUCGCCGGCUGCCGUCGGGUCGGCAACUCUGCGCUCCGGCUUCUGCCGCCGACGCUCGAGCUCCUCUCCAUCUCUUCGUGCACCCGCAUCAAUGCCGUCGGGUACGCCAGCCUUGCCGAGCUGGGCCUCACAGCACUCGAGGCGCUCUCGUUGCGGCGGACGUCAGUGACAGAUACCCAGCUCGAGCCGCUGCUGGUCUCGACGGCUGGCGCGCUCUGCUCGCUGGAUCUCACGCAAGCGCUCAAGAUUGGCGAUGCCGGCCUGCAUGCCAUCUCGCAAGCUGCCCCGCAUCUGCGGCGCCUUGCUCUUGGCGGCUGCCACCGCAUCUCCAACGACGGCCUUCGCUUCCUUACCCGCGGCUGCACGCAACUAACGGAGCUUUUUUGGACGGCUGUUCCAAGAUCGACGACCUUGGCAUGGCAUAUCUCACAAACCUAAGCUCGCUCUCAGCGCUCUCGCUGGCGUGGUGCUCUCGGGUCACUGACCUCGGCGUCGAGUCGCUUGCUCAUCUACCAGCGCUCACGCGGCUCUCGCUCGAGCGGCUGCGGCUGCUGUCCGACAGCGGCGUGCUCGCGUUGGCGGCGCACGCUGCCUCGCUCACCUCGCUCAACAUCUCCGAGUGCAGCUUAGUCACCGACGUGGCGCUCGACGCGUUGGCGCAAGCCGCCUGCGCAUCCAAGCUCGAGACCAUCAAUCUCGCCCGCGUCGCUCACAUCACCGCCCGUGGCGUUGAGACGGUGCUGACCGAGUGCUCGCGGGCUCACGUCGUGGUUAGUGCUGGUUCCAAGACUGUCACCGCCGAUCAAGCCGAGUAUCUGCGGCUGCGGCACGGGACCCGGCUUGCGCUUGCGUGACGGCUACGCGCGCGAGCGGGCAAGAACGGCGCGAGCCCACUUGAUGACUGGCUCGUCGACAACCUUGCCGUCGACCUCAAAGGCACCGACGCCGUCCGCGGCGGCAGCGGCAGCCUUGUCGACAAUCCGCGUGGCGAGCUCGAUUUGAUCGGCGCUCGGCGAGAAGCACUCGGUGAUGACCGGGACCUGUGCAGGAUGAAUGGCGUACUUGCCGGUGUAGCCGAGCGCGUAGCCGUCGGCGCACUCUGCGCGCAGCUUGGCCUCGUCCUUAAAGUCGACACAAACCA